UUUAAUUUACCCAUUCUUUGCUACAUGUUGUCAACCGUUAGUUGACGUCGUUUUUAAUUUCGUGUUUUACUGUUCACACUUGUCAUGUCGGAUUCAGACGUUGAGUCGAUAUCACCUCUAACUAGCGGUGAGUCAGAAGAAGAAGACUUGCUCGAAAAAUUUGAAUCUUUGCGACGACGGAAACUUCAGACAUCGCUCCUGCACCGCGAAACGUUGACGCAACAGAGUGAACAGCAGAAGGAACAAAUUACGAGAAUUCAUUCAGCUAUCGGAGCGCUUUACAGACCGAGCGGAAAGCUGUACAAUCUCGUGAGUGAUGUUGAGAGAGACUACCAAGAACGUCUAGAUCAGACGUCAGCUCUAGUCGACGAACGUGAGUCUGUUGUUAGAAACCAGCAGCAACGUUUGAGCACGUUGGAACUUGAAACGGAUAAAAUGAGAGAUGAGCUGCAAAACAAGUUGUGGAGCCUCGAAGAGAGGCACAGGCAAGCGUUAGAAGAGCUGGUUUUGAAGGAUGACCAAUAUCGUGAGCUACAACAACAACUGAGUCGUACCAGAGACACACUUGAUAAAGAGCUUAACCAGGAACGUGGACAACAUUCACUGACGAAACGAAAAGUACAGAGUUUGACAGAAGAGUUGAAUGAACUGAAAAUGACAAUUCAGGGUCGGACAGAAGAUGGAGAAGCUGCACAUGCUGAUGCAGAGAAAUGGAACCGUGAAUCAGUUAAUUGGGAGCAUGACAUGAAUUUGUUUCUUAAGCUGUUAAAUUCUAAUGAACCUCUAAACAGAGAACAACUGUCCACAGUCACUUUUCGAAUGGUCAGUCAAGAUGCAGUCAUUGGUGCUCUUACGAAUCUCACCAGUCCAAGAUACAAAGUGGGAAAGUUAGAAGCUGAGUUGGAUGCUGUGCAAACAAAGCUUUCUAAUCGAGAGAAAAAAGUGCAGGAUUUGAAUGAUCAUCUUCAGCAGACAAAGGAGAGAUGUGAGAAAUCGAUCAAUGAGUUGACUACUUCACACGCUGCUGCUGUCAGGCAUUAUGAAGAAGAGCAAAGACAUGCAAAGGAAAGGCAAGAUGAACUUCUUAAACAGGUGGAGAGUAAGAACCAAGCUACUGAGAAGCUUCAAACAGAAUUACAAGAAAUGCACAAACAAACGAAGUAUUUGGAAGAGCAGUUGAGGUCAAGGCAGUCCGAUGUAGAGUGUCUUGAGAAGCAAAAGGGGGCAGUUGAAACACUUUUGGAGACUACAUCACAGACUGUUGAACAGUUGAAGGAAGAACUGGAGGAGAUGCAACAGAAUGCUGUGUUGCAAUCGAACAGUUUUCAUGAUGAAAUAGGACGUGCUCAAUCUGAGAGUGUUGCAAAGACUAACUUCUUGACUAACGAGAUCUCGAAGUAUGAGGCAUACAUGAGCACUUCUAGACAGGAAAUUACUUUGCUUCAAAGCAAAUUGGAAGAGACAAUGGAAGGGGUAACACAAAAGGAAGAAGUGGUACAUAAACUUGAACUUCAACUACAUGAAAGCCAGCAGCAACAGCAGGAACUUAGCUUUGAGAUGAAAAGACGUGUGGCUACGAUAAAUGACCUUACAAAAGAAGUUGAAGAAACAAGACAGCAUUUGGACUUUGCUAAACAAACGGCUGAUGAUAUCAACAGGCAGCUUGAUGCCUACAAAUUGUCUACAAGUACAGACAGAAGUCAUCUGGAGGACGAGUUGAAGCUUUAUAAAGUGACACUGGCUACGUUACGUUCUGAGCUGUCUGUUCUACAGGAACAACAUAGUCGCUGCCAGGGCGAAGUAGAGCACAGAGAGGACAUUAUAGAACAGCUGAAGAGUCAGUAUACAAAUGCUGAAAAUGAAUACAAUAUCCACAAGAAGACCUUGUCCAAGAUAGAGUUAGAGCUGGUUGAUAUCAAGAAACGGGAAGCAGAUAGCCAACGUCAGAUUGCAGAUACAGAGAUUGUUAUUCAUCAGUUAAAUGAAGAAGUUGAGCAACUUCGUGUAGAAAAGGAGAAGAGUGAAUGCAAGAAUGCUGGGUUUCAAUCAGAAAUCAACAGCAUUAUGUUAGACAAGCAACUACUUGAACAUCAGCAACAGGACUGUAUGGACAAGCUUGCUCAUCAAGAUGAAAUGCUGGGGACACUAGAAGAAUGCUCACGUCUACUGGAACAGAGAUAUGAGAAAUCACUGGUUGAGGUGAGACAUCGGACAGACUCAAUUCACAGACUAGAAGCAGAAGUUUUGGCUUCAAAGCAAAGCAAGCUAGAACUGGAGCAGGAAUGUGAGCAGUGGAAGGAGCGUUACAGGAGUUUGGAGGACGAGCUGCAUGCUGUCAAAGAUGACUAUGGAACAAUAAAAAAUAAGAUGGAGCAAGAAGAGCAACACAGGUUAGAACUGUCACAUGAAAUGGAGAAGCUGAAAUUCAAUUAUGAUAAAUUGACCAGGGAGCAUGAUAAUCUUGUAUCAGAAGCAGCGAAGCUACAAGGCAAACGUCAGAUAGAGAAUGAGGAUAUGAGUAUGUUACAGAGGAAAGUUGAUCAACUUACUACUGAAUUGUUGUCUGCAAAACGUUGGCGAGAGUCAAAGGAAACCGAGCUGGGUGAUUGUAGAGAUCAACUUGCUCUCUUGUCUGGUGAAUUGGAAAGAACGAGACGUGAUCUUGUAGUUGAUAAGAAGGAGAUUGCAAAGAAAGAUGGAGAGUUGUUGAUGCUGAAAGUCAACUUGUCAACAACGGAGAAACAGUGCGAAACACUGAAUGAUCAGUUAACAGCACAAGAAGAGGCAGUCAGGAGCAUGAAGGUACAAGUGAAUGAAGUUGAGCAACGAGAACAAUCUUUACAGUUUAAGGUCUCUCAGCUUCAACAGGACAACUGGACACUUGAACAACGACUUAAGUCCAGUCAAGAUGAAUUGCAAGCUGUUGCUGAUGUGGUAAUGGACAUACCCAAUGGAGCUACUGCACGAAAUGGAAGUGUAGCAGCCACACUGAAUAUUUGGAUUAGACAUUUGAAGCAAGCAGUAGAAACCGCUUCCAAAGAAAAGGAAAAAGUUGAAAAUAUUUUUGAGCAGUGUUAUCAGGAAGAUGUUGAGAGACGAGAUCAGGAGCUGUCCAAACAACGUGAGCUAAUUGAAAGGUUGUAUCAGCAAGUUGAAAAUCACUUAUCUGCAAGGAGGCAGUCGGAGCAGCAGGCAUGUGUAAGGUCUGUGACCAUAGAGAAGAUCCAAGAGAAGCUUGAUAAAUCUGUUCAAACAGUUGAGAAGCUCAGUCGACAGCUUUCUGUGUUGAGCAAAGAGAAUGUUGAGUUACGAUCAAAUGUGGAAAGGGAACGAGCUGCUGUGAAGGUUCUUCGUUUGGAGCUUAGGAACAAAGAAGCAAGACUUGCACAGCUACAAGAAGAACUUGAAGCUAAAGUCAUGGCAUCUCCUGAUUCUGGCAACUGUGAUUGGGACUCAUAUGAUGAUGCAAGUCACUCUGCCACUGGAAGUCUGUAUGCAAAUGUACUGAGAAGAGGACUGGAACAACAGGAGACUGUGGAACAGCCUAGUCUUGAGGUAAACGAGCAAGCUGACAGUGAUCAUGGCAUUCUAGAUGCAAGCUAUUGGAUUGACAAUUCGUCAAAGCUGACUCUGCAGUUGCAGCAGUGCAGUUUGUACUAUGCACAAGAAGAUCGACGGCAGGCUCUAGAGCUGGAACAGCUACAUGAACAACAGAGGUCACGGCCUACUUCUGCCCACAAGUGCAAUGUCUCUCCCACUUCUUCUAAAGAAGACAAUCUUGAGGAAGACGUUUCCGAGGAAGACAUUCCCUAGAAAUACUAAUUUUAAUGCAUGUAAGAGGCACGCAACGUUAACUAUACUUCGAUUCAUUAUCAGCUAUUUUUAUAUCCUGUCUUUACUAAGCUGAUAUAGCCAAAGCAGUGACAGAUUAUAUUUGACUGUACAAUGUAUAUUACGUUCUGAAGAGCAAGAAUCAGAUAAAGUCUGCAUGA